UAUAUAUAUACAAUGGAUACUACGUUUGGCAAUGUGUUUCUGUUCCUCACUGAUUUGGCUUGGAAGAGUCGUCUAACCAUACCUCUGCUGGUGACAACAGCUUUUCUGGUCAUGGACAUACGCCUACAGAUCGAGAUUAAUAUACAAACGGGUCAAGUGAAUGCUAGCGAUCUAGAAGAACCCGGGGAUGGCCUCGAGGAACAAUUGGCACAUGGCGCUUAUGCAAUGGAAGACGAAAGCGAAGUUUAUACGGAUGAUCUCGAGGAGUACAAUAGCGAGUACACGAUCGGAGAUGAUAAUAGUGAUACGUCUCACUAUAGCGUAGAUAUCUAUGAUGAGUUGGGCUCCGAGUAUGGCAUUGAGAAUGAUCUUGAUGCUUACUCGGCAAACGAAUUGCGCUUUUAGCUAACACGUCGAAUAUAU